UUCCUUCCAAGCCGUUUCCAGCUCGUAAACUCGCACAAAUGGCGUCUCUCCGUUCGCACAGCUGAUCUGACUUACAUACAUAUAUACACUGCGCAAGGCUUUUUCAGCGCAGCAUUUGCUAUUGCAUGAAAUGUACUGUAACGUGUGGUAAUAUAACUGCAAUGCCUGCGUAGCGUUAAAAAGGGACGGCGCCCAGUUGCUAGAAGAGACCCCGGGGUCUAUUGUUAUUUCCCGCAGAAGAUCGCCUUCAAAGCCGCAUGCAAAGGACUCAACGCCGCUCAGCGCCAUGACCCCCGCCAGGUACCGGCCCAAUUGGGAGCUGUCCCUGGACCCGCUGGUGACCUGCAAGCUGUGCCUUGGAGAGUUUCCCAUGGAGCAGAUGACCGCCAUCAGCCAGUGCCAGUGUGUGUUCUGCACCCCGUGCCUAAAACAGUAUGUGGAACUUUUGAUCAAAGAAGGCCUUGAAACUGCCAUUAGCUGUCCAGAUUCUGCUUGUCCAAAACGAGGACAUCUUCUGGAAAAUGAGAUCGAAUGCAUGGUUCCUGGUGAGACUAUGCAGCAGUUCAGGAAACUGCAGUUUGAGAGGGAGGUUCUGCUAGACCCGUGCCGGACCUGGUGCCCGUCGUCAUCCUGCCAGGCGGUGUGCCACCUCAUAGAGGCCCCUGGGGCACAAUCUGUCCGCUGCUCUGCCUGCAGCCUGGAGUUCUGCUCCGCGUGCCGCACAACCUGGCAUCCGGGGCAGGUGUGCAAGGAGAACCUGCCAGUCAGCGCCUUACUGCCCGGGGACACCAGCAAUCCCUUUUACAAGACUGAGGAGGACACGCCCAUCAAGCGCUGCCCCAGGUGCAAGGUGUAUAUCGAGCGCGACGAGGGCUGCGCCCAAAUGAUGUGCAAGAACUGCAAGCACGCCUUCUGCUGGUACUGUCUGGAAUCGCUGGAUGAUGACUUCCUCCUUAUACACUACGACAAGGGGCCGUGUCGUAACAAGCUGGGCCAUUCCCGCGCCUCGGUCAUCUGGCACCGAACGCAGGUAAUAGGCAUUUUCGCUGGCUUCGGCCUGCUUCUCCUGAUCGCAUCACCCUUCCUCCUCCUCGCCACACCCUUUGUCCUCUGCUGCAAAUGCAAGUGCAGCAAGGGCGACGACGACCCACUGCCCACCUAGGGCCACGCCCGGGGGGGCCCCGUCGUGCGGCUUCUCCUGCCGCCUUUUCCAUUUCCUCCUACCAGCACUCUGUUUGGCAGGAGGCCCGGCAUGAUCCAAGCCAGGUUUUUUUUUUUUUAAUCCGCCCCUCCCCUGUUAUGCUGUUGGUGGGCGUGGCUAAGGAGGGUUGUGUUUGAAAGGGGCGGAGCUGCUCUGUGUCCAUGGCAAAGGUCUGUGACAGCAGUGAGAUGCAGGAAAGUGUGAACUGGCUCCCUGGCGCUUGGUUCUGGUGUGUUACCAUGGUUCCGGUGUAUUACCAUUGGCCACCUGAGCUGUAAAAGUGUGGUUCUCACUGUGCUCUAGUGGUAAAUACAAGCCUGCAGUGACACUGGGACUCCUGAGCGUGACUCCAUCUACACUGGAGCCCAAGGACGAGUUGGAGAGUAAACCUUAUCUGCACUAUGUAAAGAGGAACGGAUUUACUGUUUUUUUUUUUUUUUCCCUCUUAUUUUUCUUCUCUCACUUCGAAGUAGUUUUUGCCAUGUUUAGUUGUUGUUCACUGUACAGAGGAUAAGUGCAUUUUUUGCAUUAAGGUGAUUUCUCCAAGUACAUGCUUUCAUUCUGGUGUCAAACUUUAUAAAUCGUAAGUUCUUAAAACUUGAAAUAAAUUCAUUUUCACCUUUGAAAGCACUUUUUCUAGUAGUCUAGGUACAAAGUCUGGUCGUCCUUAAAGACCCAGUUUAUACCAUAUACAUACUCAUUCUGCUCAAUAUUCAAUUUUUCUGUUGCUUUAGGGUGUACUACAAAGCAAGUUUUACAUGCCCGGAGUUAACUCAACAAAUCCAGGUUUACUAAUCCUGACUGUUAUAGUCUGCUUUAAAUGGUACUAUGAUGGUACUUAUUGGUCAGUUGACUCUGAGUUUCUUAAUCGGAGUGUGCGCAUUCACACAAAAGGGGUGAUGUCGGCAUUGCAGACUAAGCAUGCUAACUAAGAGCCACCGUUUCAUAGGUAGUGAAUACCCCCCCCCCUUCCCCUGCUCGGCAAUAUUUUUUCGUUAGCAGCCCAACCUGGUAUAACUUGGUGUCUGACUGAAAAGGCAUUCAGUAGUAUCGGCCAUCCCUAUUAUUUCAUGAAAGGGCAGCUCUUGUUAGGCUAUGUUUUAUUUUUUUGUAGAAAAGGCGGUUUGCGUCUGUUUUUGCCGAAAGGGCGAGACUUACGCCUCUUUUAAACUGAAAGUCGCACUUAAAUCUGCUAAACCCGCUUUGUAGUACACCUCUCAAGUUUACUUGCUAUGAUUAUAGGGUUUUAUAAAUAGACACACUGAAGUAUACUUAUUUGGUAAUUUAACAUCGUAGACAGUUGUAUUGGUUUCACAGUUUGACAAGAAAUGUGAUGUUGGCUUCUUUCGUACCGUGAAACACAGGGUCAACAAAUUCAGGGAGAGGUGAGUGGUUCUCCUCGGCUCGCUCAGGGUAAACUGGCCAUGCAGCUGCCCGUCACAAGCUGUGAUGCACAUGCAUAUCUGCAUCCGUCCUGAAGGUGGGAGGGGCACCUGCACACACAGCACCUGAUACAUGGCAGCCAGAUUUUAUUUUCAUCCAAUCAGCUGAGCUGUAGCAGUUAGAACAUUUUUUUUCAACCAGUCGACAUGGGUGUAGCAAAUAAGUAUGCGGCAAUUAACUUAAUGUAGUGUUUUUAUUAAGGUCAAAUUAGGACUGAAUAAGUGCCCAAUGAUUCUCCUGACAUGUUAAGUAUGUUUUGGAAUAUUUGCUGGUUUUUUUAUUUUUAAUGCACCGUUUUUGAGCAUGUUCUGCAGCUGUAUGCACAUGUUGAUGUCUCUUCACACCUGUAGCCUGGAGAGAAAUAUGUAGUUGUAACGUUGACCACACCUUUUUUUUUUUUUGUUGUAAAUCUGCAAAGCAUUCUGCAGGGUACAUGUGAACUUAACUAACGUUGACCGAAGGUUGUAUAUCUUGCCUCAUUUUCCCUCUUUCAACCCUGAAAUUCAGUAUCCAAUCAUCUAUCCAUCCCAGGCAUUAUAGAACACAAUGUUGGGGUUCACCCUGGUCAGGAUGCCAGUCCACUCGACACACAGACACACUCAUAUACUUUGAACAAUUUAUUGAUGCCUAACUGUGCACAUGUGUGCGGAUACACACACACACACACACACACAUACACACACACACACACACACACACAUACACACACACACAUACACACACACACACACAGGGAAAUGCUACCCACAAAAAAAAAAACAAAUUCUCCUGUAUCUAUGUCAUGUUGAGACUCACCAUGUCCUACUCAUGCUUUAGAUGGGCGAUCCUGCAAGGUUCCCAUGGUAACACUAGGAUGAUGCUCUUGUGGUCGUCCUGAGCUUUGGCUGGGCUCUGAACUUGGGGGGGGGGGGAAGCAGCUGGUACUGAUGAGCGAGCAGCCAUUGUUAUGCUGUGAUACUUAUGCCAUCCGAUUCACCACCAUGGGCUCUCUCGUCAUUAUGUACAGAUCCUGUAAUACUGCUCAUUUAGAUGUAAGAAAAGGUCAUUGUAUGCGAGCAGAACUGUUUGCCGAAUCACUCCAUUUAUAUUUUAUUUUUAUUAAAGCAGUACUUAUCCCUUUGC